AUGCCCGUCCAAAUCCACCUCGUCCGCCACGCCCAAGGCUUCCACAACCUCUCCCUCGAAAACGAAGCCCUCCGCGACCCCCUCCUAACAGAAAAGGGCAAACAGCAGUGCGCCGACCUCCGCGCCGCCUUCCCCCACCACGACCGCAUCACCCACCUCGUCGCCAGCCCCCUCCGCCGGACCCUCUACACCUGUCUCCUAGGCUUCGGUUCCGACGACGCCAACAAGUCUUCCUCUCCUCCCCUGAAAGUCCUCGCUCUGCCCGAGGUCCAAGAAGUCUCCGACGCCCCCUGCGACACCGGAUCCGCGAUCAAGGAUAUCGAAGCGGAAUUCGCCGGCCGCGUGGAUUUCAGCAGGGUGCCCGAGGACUGGAUCGGCAAGGCCGGUCCGGAUUCGAGGUGGGAGCCGACGCUGGAGAAGCUGGAGACGAGGUCUGCUGAGGCGAGACGGGCGUUGAGGGAGCUUGUGGGCGGGAAUGUGCAGGGGGACGCGCAGGUCGUGGUUGUCACGCACGGUGGGAUUUUGCACUUUUUGACGGAUGAUUGGUACGGGAUUGCUCCCAAGAAAGCAACUGGCUGGGAAAACACAGAGUACAGAUCAUACGAAUUCGCCGACGCCACGGGCCAGGACCCCAAGGCCCUCCUUAAGGAGACGCAGGAGAGCUGGCAGCGUCGCAAGGGCGAGGAUACCCGCCCGACGCCGGAACAGCAGGCCGAGCUCCGUCAGACCUUCUACCGUGAGAUGGAGCCGUAUCUCAAGUACAGCCCCGAGAGAGGUUGGAUGCAGUAA